AUGGGUGACCUCGUUGAUCCGAAACCCAUCUACGACGAGGAUGUGGGCGGCGUAUAUCAUCCAAAAGAUGCACUAGCAACUACGAUACAUGCAGUUACAUACACGGGGGCCGCUGGAUUGUUUCUAGCCGCGGUUCAAAAUACAGUAGCGAAGGAGAAUAUUGGACCUUUGGGCAUCUUUUCAAGAUUCGGGAGGACUAUCGGUAUAUUUGCUGCAAUGGGCGGAACCUACGCGUUUGUCAGCACGGCUUCUGCGAAUCUGCGAGAGACGAGCGAUCUCGUAAACCACGCAAUCGGCGGUGCUUGCGCCGGCUCACUGGUCGGUCUUGCUAAGCGCUCUAUGCCAUCUGUUGCUGGCUCUGCCCUCGCUUUGGGUGCUGGCAUGGCUGUCGUCAGUUAUACGGGCCGCUCUAUUUUCGAAUCUCAAUCAGACUCUCCACAAUUAGACCGACUUGGCCAGAAGGAAGAAGCCAAGACUCGGUACCGAAGACCUAUCCAGGAGACUAUCAAUGAGCUCGGUGAAGGCAGAGGUAUCUAUGGACCAGGAUAUGAGGAGAGACGGAAACAGAGAAUCAAGGCGAAGUAUGGUAUCGAGGUUCAAGAACCAUACUAUAAGAACAAAUCGGCAGCCGGCAUGACCGACUUUUAG